AUGGCGCCCUCCUUUGCGAACACCGUCCAGACCACCGACUCGGCUCACGCUGAGAUCGCCGACAUCGCGACCGGCCUCGACCGCAUGGAGAACAAGGCUCUCAGCUCCCAAAGAGUCACCCUGAGCGAGGAGAAGACGGCCAACAUGAGCAAGCUGGCCCUCGGCGCCAAGUUGGAGCGUGCGCUGGACCGGAGAAUGAGCAGCCAGGACGCCGUCAUGCGCCCUCGCGGCAAGACCUUGACCGAGAAGACCACUGCUGCAUAA